UGAUAUUAUUGUGUUGAUGGUGAAUUAGUUUGUCAUCUCGUGAUAAGUGUUUGAUCCGAUCAAAUCUCCAUUCACAACGUAAUCAGGCUAAUAUGACUACGGGACCAAGAAUCAUACCGGAAUUCUUUUAAAGACCUCCAGACACGCAAUUUGACGGCUAGAAUUCGUAAAUUUCCACGAUCCAAUCGUCCCCCGUUUCAAAGAACAUUUCCCUCCAAAAAAAAAAAAUUAAAAAUCGAUAGAGAGAGAGAGAGAGAGAGAGAGUGCGCGCGAGGGAUGGGACGAAAGCUUCUUCUUCUUGCUCUGGUCUUCGUUCUGGUUUUCUUCGGUAGAAUCUUUCCCAGAGAAACUCCGGGAGCCGCGGCGGCGGCCGAGGUGGCGGCGGCGGAUGCCGCAUCUCCGGCGACCGCCCUCUUCGUGCUGGGCGACUCCUCCGUCAAUUGUGGCGACAACACCUUCUUCUACCCCCUCCUACCUCUCAACUUCUCCUCCACCUUCUGCAACGGCUCCCACCACCGUCUCCUCCCCGAUCUCAUCGCGGAGCGGAUGGGGCUGCCGCCAGUCCCGCCGUUCUACGGCCUGAACGGGACGGCGGCGGCGAUGAUGCGCGGCGUCAACUUCGGUUCGACCCCGGCGACGAUCCUCUCCGGCGUCCUCGCCGGCUGGCGGGCCGGAUACGACCGUUUCAUCUUCCAGAGCCUCAGCCAGCAGGUCCGCCAUGUGUUCGAGACCCUCCAGGUCCUCCAGCUCGAGCUCGGCGCCUCCGCCGCCCGCCGCGCCGCCUCCUCCGCCCUCUUCCUCCUCUCCUUCGGCAAGGACGACUACGCCGCCCUCUUCUCCCGCGGCUCCGAAUCCGACCGCCUUGCCCCCAAGUACGGACGGCGCGGAUUCGCCCGCCUCCUCAUCUCCCGGCUCAUCCAGGCCAUCAAGGAUCUUUACGACGCGGAUGUGAGGAGGGUGGCGGUGAUGGGGGUGGGGCCGCUAGGAUGCGCGCCGCGGAUCGUGUGGGAGGGGACGUACGGCUUGGACGGACGGGAUUGCGUCGAGGAGGUGAACGAGAUCGUCGCGGAGUACAACGCGAAUCUCUCCGCGCGGCUUCUGACUCUGAAUUCGGAGCUGGCCGGCGCCGAGAUCGUGUUCUGUGAUGUAUAUGGCGGGAUGAUGGAGAUCAUCGCCAACCCACUGAUCUAUGGUUUCAAAAAUGUGAGGGAUGCAUGCUGUGGGGUGGGUCGGUUUGGGGGGAUGAUAGGGUGCUUGGCCCAGGAGAUGGCAUGCACGGAGCCCAGCAGUCAUGUAUGGUGGGACCUCUACAGCACCACCGAGUCCGUGAACUCUUUGCUUGCCAACUGGUCAUGGUCACCAUCUUCUGAAUCUCACGUGCAACUCUGCAAACCUAUAGCCUUGCAAGAGCUAGCAUCCAUGUCUGAUAGCCCAGCUUGAAGCUCUUUAAGCCAAUUUGCAAUGACAGGAAACCAGAAUCAUCAUGGAGAUGGUAGAAGAUAAUCAUGAAGCCUGUGAAGAUGGUAAUUUGGCAAAAUACGAUAGAGUCCUUUUCAGAAAAUAUUGCCCAGGUAAAUAAUGGGGUUAUGGCGAAAGCUAUCUUUCCUUUUGCCUUCGAACAUAAAUGUUUUACUAUUACAUUUUCAUACCAAGUUAAAACACAUGGCCUAGUAUACAGUUGAGUCCAAGUUUAACGUACAAAAGUUGAGGAAGCUGGUUCAAGGAACGUUGACCAUCCUUUUUUCCCCUCUAAUUCUCUACUCUGUUUCUGAAAGAUGGGAAGGCACCAAACUAUUAGUCUAUCAUGAAAAUGGUGCAAUUCCUUGGUGAUCCCAUGAUAAUGUUGCACAAGCUGCCAUAAACAAGGUGUUAAUUUCACCAUAUUCUCAGUUCGUAGCAUAUGUAAAUUAACAACAUGCCUGUAUAUAAUUUCAAAGGCCAAAUAAAAGUCAUUAGAAAAGCAGCAACAGCAAGUCCGUUCAUCAAUAAUUGAUUUGUUUUUUCUUCAACAAUAUUCUAUGAAAUCCUUUUAAAGUUUCACUAGUUUUAACAUACCUACUAAAAGUAGAGAAUGAUAAAACAAAUUUAUCAAAAUUCUGUUUGAGCUAAUUUUAGUCUUUUCAUUUCAUUUACAGCAAUUUCCUUGCUUCAUCACUUUCAUCCCAAAAACUAUCCCAAAAAAUCAAAUAAACAAAUAAAA